UAGAGAGAGAGAGAGAAUGCAGGAUUUUGGUAGUCGUUGAUCCAGAUUUCCAAAUCAGUACUGCAAGGUUGUAUUGCUGCCAAAUAUUUAAGAAAAAUCACAUUUUGCUAUUCUGCAUCACAAUGUAUUAUUUUAAAAUUCUUUUUUAAAAUGACGGUGGUGUUGCUUGCAAUCAUAAUAUCUGUAUUUACAUAAGUUGUGCUAUUAUAAUGGUAAUGUUGUAAAUCAAAAUGACCAUUUUAAAUAAAAUGAAUAUAAUUGAAAUGUAAUAAAUGCAUGAAAUGAACCUGAAGUACAAUAACGACCUUCAGAAUGCCUGUAAAUGAAUGAAUACAUGCAUUUCACUCUAAGAGUAACCAAUCCAAACUGUUUUCUGGCAAACAAAGCCUUGUGUGAGCUGAGUGUUGAUAGCCCUCCUUUGAAACUUUCUUUUGCUGUGCCCCAGUUUUGCCUCAUGAUUCAGUGCAGAGCCUAAAACUUCCCAUCGACUCAAGUUAGGGACAACUGAGAAUCAAUUAAGAAGUUUCAUAUUCUUCUCUCCGACUGAAAGCUGUUCCAAUUCUUUGACCACAGGUCACUGUGCAACCUUACAUCUCAGGUUACAAAGUACAUGAAGCAGGUUUAAGGAAGGCAGUCUUUUGCCUGUUUUAUCGUGUCUUAUACAGUGUGGCUGGAUAUGAUCAUAUCUGUGAAUCUGUGAACAGUAUCUGUGCCAGUAUAAAUUUUGGAAAUCCAAAACUUGUUUUGGCAGUGUUUGCACAAGACAGCCGGAGCAUCAACCGAAUUGGCUGAGUCAUACGAAAGCUUUCUGAAAGAUGAAGUCCAAAUGGCUCUCUUCACUCACUUGCCUACUCUUUGUGAUUUGCUGCUGUCAUGGUGGAAAUAUCCUGGUGUGGCCUGAGGAUUGUAGCCACUGGGUGAACAUGAAAGUCAUUUUGAGAAAACUCCACAGCCACAGCCAUAGCCUUACCGUGGUGCGUUCGUCUAAAAGUUGGUAUAUCCAAGAGAAUUCUUCCCUCUACAGCACUAUCACGGUCAACCCAGUGGAGAGCGAAGAUGUGGGCUCUGACUACUUCAAGAUGUUGAUAGAGCGGUCACUGGAGCUGCAAAGGAUGUCGCCUUUCUUCCGUUUCUUGGAACAGAAGAAAGAUAUCACCAAUGUGCUGAAGGUAUUUCACAAUGGAGCACUUCAAAUGAUUUCGGCCGUUUUGGACGAUGCAGCGCUUGUCAAACGCUUGCGAGAAGCUAAGUUUGACCUGCUGCUAACAGAUCCUGCGUUCCCAGCCGGUGUCCUGUUAGCCAAAUUCCUCCACCUCCCCAUGGUUUACAAUGUACGUUGGCUAAAUGCAGGGGAUGCUCACAUGCAAAUUGCACCCUCACCUCCGUCCUACGUCCCAAUGUACAAUUCAUUGCUCCAUGACCGAAUGAACUUCCUACAGCGGACAGAAAAUUCCCUACGGUAUCUGUUUAGCCUUUUCCAGGAGCGAUACAUCAUCGUGCCAAUUUACAGUGACCUGCUUGAGCGCCAUUUCCCGCCCGGCGCUGAUCUUUUGUCAAUGCAGCAAUCUGCUGACAUUUGGUUGAUGAGAAUGGACUUUGUUUUUGAGUUUCCACGGCCCUCCAUGCCUAACGUGGUCUACAUCGGUGGCUUUCAGUGUCAGCCGGCUCAGGCACUUCCUGCAGAGCUGGAAGAGUUCAUGCAGAGCUCCGGGGAGCAUGGAGUCGUCAUCAUGUCCUUGGGAACAGUAGUCAGCGCUCUUCCUACAGCGAUCACAGAGGCCAUUGCUACAGCUUUUGCUGAGAUCCCUCAAAAAGUCUUGUGGAGGUACCACGGAGAGCGACCCUCAACUCUGGGAAACAACACUUUACUUCUAGAGUGGUUUCCUCAGAAUGAUCUCCUGGGCCAUCCAAAGACUCGUGCGUUUGUAUCUCAUGGGGGCACCAAUGGUAUGUACGAAGCUAUUUACCAUGGAGUCCCCGUCUUAGCUUUGCCGCUCCUCUUUGACCAGUUUGACAAUGUUCUGCGACUGCAGGUUCGAGGUGCGGCUCGAGUUCUUCAAGUCGCAACACUUACAUCACAAGAAUUCCUCCAAGCCCUCAACGAUGUCCUCGAGAACCCGCUGUACCGAAGCAGUGUCCGCAAACUGUCAGAGCUGCACCGCGAUCAACCCUUGACUCCUCUUGAAAGCGCCACUUUUUGGAUUGAGUAUGUUAUUAGACACAAAGGAGCAGCUCACCUUCGCCCAGAGGGGAAUAACUUGCCUUGGUACUCUUAUCAUAGCCUAGAUGUGUUGGCUUUUCUACUGACGCUCAUUGUGAUUGCUUUUUUGACCUCAGUAUAUGUCUGCAAGCUUUUGUGUUGCAGGAAGUCAAACAAAAAGAGGAAGGUGGAAUGAAUUGAGCUUGAACAUUUGAUAUGUAUUUUCUUUUCUUUUCUUUUUUUCAAAAAAGAAAAUCAUUCCUGUAGCAUGGUGCUAGCAACACCAAGGUCAUGGGUUCUGUUUCCACUAAACAAAUGUAUACCUUUGAAUGCAGUGUGAUUUGCUUUGGGUGUAAGUGUCUACCAAAUGCUUGAAUGUUAUGAUAUGUAAAGGAAAAAUCUCACACUUGGUGAGUUUGUUUUAUUACUAUGACAACCGGUGUUUACAAAAUCAACUAUAGAAUGGGGGAAAAAAUGUUUGAGUAUGAAUAAAAGUAUGUUUCUAAUUUUAUGAUUAUGACUAAUCAAACUCAUGUAAAUUGAAUAAUGAAGUAUAGCCAUCUUUGUACUUUUUUCUGCAUUAAAUUCUUACAAACUGCAUGCUGUUCUCUUUGUGGUGUAUUCGCCAAAUCCUCAACACUUUAUACGUUCUUUAAUCAACGCAAUCUAGUGUCUUUAUAAAAGCCAUGGACAUGUAUUUCCAUGUCAGACCUUAUAUUGUUCCCUCUCCCACUGUGAAUGUGUUUUAAAUCAUCAUUAAAGGUUCGAUCGGCAACUUC